CUCGCUGCCACCCGAGGCAGCACCUGCAAAGGCUUCGGCAGCUCAGGAGGAAAACCAAGGCUGACUGCAGGUCAGUGCCAGCAGCCCCAGGACCAUGAACAACAGUACCUGCGUCUCCAGGGAGCUGCCCGGGCCCCCGGCGGCCAAGUACCUCCUCCUCACCUACACGGGCGGGCUCCUGCUGCUGGGUCUGUUGCUCAACGGCCUGGCGCUCUGGGUGCUGUGCUGCCGCCUGCUGCGCUGGACGGAGACCCGCAUCUACAUGGCCAACCUGGCCGUGGCUGACCUCUGCCUGCUGUGCUCCCUGCCCUUCUUUCUGCACUUCCUGAAGAGCACCACAGACACGCCACUCUGCCAGCUCUCCCAGGGCAUCUACCUGGCCAACAGGUACAUGAGCAUCAGCCUGGUCACGGCCAUCGCCGUGGACCGCUACGUGGCCGUGCGGCACCCGCUGCGAGCCCGCGGGCUCCGCUCCCCGCGCCAGGCCGUGGCCGUGUGUGCCGCGCUCUGGGUGCUGGUGCUCGGCUCCCUGGUGCUUCGCUGGUUCCUGGACAUGCAGGACGGCGGCUUUUGCUUCUCCAGCCGCUCCAGGCAGAAUUCCUACACCGUGGUCUUCUCGCUGCUGGGCUUUUACCUGCCGCUGGCCGUGCUGGUCUUCUGCUCGCUGCAGGUGGUGAGCGCCCUGGCCCAGAGGCCAGCCGCCGACGCGGGCCAGGAGGAAGCCACCCGGAAGGCCUCCCGCAUGGUCUUGGCGAACCUGGCCGUGUUCGUGGUCUGCUUCCUGCCCUUCCACGUGGUGCUGACUCUGCGCGUGGCCACGGGCCUGCACGCCUGUGCCAUCCGUCUUGCCCUCCAGAUCACCAGCAGACUCUCGGAUGCCAACUGCUGCCUGGACGCCAUCUGCUACUACUUCAUGGCCAAGGAGUUCCAGGAAGCAUCUGCGCUGACCGCCCUCCCCGCCAGAGCCAAGGCCCACAAGAGCCAGGACUCUCUGUGCGUGACCUUGGCCUAGGAGACGGGCCACGGGCUCCUGGGAGGUGCUGCCGAGGCGGGGACCUGUGAGCAGAGACGAGGAGUUCCGGGACGGGGCUGGGGGCACUUUUAGGAGGCCCAGGUGCAUGCUCCCAGAGGAAUAUCCAUGAUCAGGGAGCCUCUUUCCCCCUUGCACUGACUUUGGAACCCCUGAGGAGCCGCCAGACGCCACUACCGCAUGGACGGUGCCCGAUAAGCAGCUCUCAACGGACCAACAGAGGGCUGCCCGGUUUACGGACGGCAGUUCCAAGGGGAAUGGGCAGCAUCCUGCUUGGAU